AUGCUUCUUCCUGUGAUUGUUGGCGCCGUUGGCCUUCUCGGCACGGCGGUUGAGGCUGCUCCUCGUGGUAGCUGGUUCAGCAGUUCUCAGAAACAACAUCGAGUUGCUCGAUAUGCUAGCAAGGACGCCUACGCUGCUCCCAACUACACUCCCCCAAGCUACACUCCUGUGCACAGCUACAUCCCUCCCAAGAACUCGACCACCUCGGCAACCCACUCGGCUACUCUUGGGCCAACUGUUCAAUGUCCUACCGACUACGUCUUCACCUCUACCAAGACUGUUGACGUUACUGUCACCGUCACUGCUUCUUCCAAUGGCUCGUACUACACCACUGCCAUCUGUAACGACUGCACCAAGACCCUGACUAUUAGCAACACGAUUUGGGUCCCUCCUAGCAAGUAUGCUUCCACUCUCCCAUACGGCGAGGAGAACACUGGCUCUCCUUACCACCCUGUGAACUCGACCUAUGCAGCGCCUUCUCAGACCAAGACCAAGACUGGUGAUGAGUAUCCUUACAUCAACUCCACAAUCGGAUAUUCUACGCCCAUUGACCAGCACGCCUCGCCUACCGGUUACCAGACUCCAGGACAGAGCGCGGUGUACAGUACUAUCGAUGGCCAAGUUUCCCCUCCUGUCUACACCAAGCCAGCUUACACCAAGCCUAUGUACUCGGACCCUACUCAUGGCAACUCCACUGGGACACCCACUGGCUACGUCCCUCCUGUGUACACCAAGCCUGUGCAGUCGCCUCCUGUGUACUCGGACCCUGCUGGCCACAACUCGACCUACGUGGCACCGGUUUACACCAAGCCUGUUGACACACCCGUGUACUCGGCUCCUGUUUACACCAAGCCUGUCCUUCCUGGCAACUACUCUACUGUCGAGACACCCACUUACACGAAGCCUGUCGAUAGCCCCGUCUACACGCCUCCGGUUUACACCAAGCCUGUGAUCCCCGGAAACUCGUCGGUUGUCGACCCCCCUGUGCAAACUACACCUGUUGAUACGCCAGUCUACUCAGUUCCCGUCUACACCAAGCCGGCAUACUCCCAGCCUAUCAUCCCUGGUAACUCCUCUGCUGUUGGUCCUCCUGCCUAUACGAAGCCUGUCGAGACUCCCAUCUACACGCCUCCUGUCUACACCAAGCCGGCUUACCCUGACCCAGUGGUUCCUGGCAACUCUUCCACUGCUGAGGCUCCAGCCAUCUCUUCGACCAGCAAUGGUGCAGUCUAUACCCCACCAGUCUACACCAAGCCCGUGUACACAGUCCCUGUUGUUCCUAGCAACUCUUCAAUCCUCGACCCUAUUAUCGCGACUCCCACAGGCUCUGUUACUAGUGAUGCUACGACUCCCGCCUCAACCAGCUCCAAUGAUAGCCCUGUCUACACACCACCAGUCUACAACCCUCCCGUUAUUAGCAGCGAGUCUUCUGAGUACUCUACCGCUUACGUCCCAACCAACUCGACUAUACCUCCAGUGAUCUCCACAACAUAUCAGGACCCUAUCUCCGCAACAGCUACGGAGAGCCCUGUCAUCAUUUCGGAAACUGAGACGUCCUUCACUGAAACCACGACAUCUGCCGAUACCACAACGUCUGCUGUCACCAGCUCGGAUAAUCCCCCAGUGAUUCCUACCACCUCAACCCCUGAGGCUGUCACCACUACCACUGUUGAGACUAUGAGCACGGAAACCACUUUCUCCGAGACCGCAACUGAGACUCCUACCACUAGUGCCGCAGCUACACCCUUCCAACCCUAUCCUACUCCAGAUGGUUCCAACUACGAUCAACCACGACACGGCGGACUGGCUGCGGCUAUCAGGCUCGGCCUCGGACUUGGCGCCUGA